GUUGAUUCCAGUAAAUUUCCCUGGACACAAAGACGGUCAACAGCACUUGCCUCUUUACCUCCAGAUAUCAGAGAAACCUAUCAGCAACUCAAAAACUUCGCUGCUGACCCAAAGAGUGUCAUUAAUGACAUCCUAUCCACUCCAGGGUGUCCACCCUUCCCACCUAGUGAAUGGCUCAAUGUUGUCCGAUAG